ACUAGUGUUUUGGUUGUGGAGUAUUACAUUUGGGUUGAGAAGUUGCACAGUUUGCUCCAACAGAUAAUUAUUUACUUUCUUUAGCAUGAGAAAUACAGCGAAGUCUUUGUUUGAAAAGGGGUUGGUUUCUUGUUGUUCGUCGUUGAUUUUCUUCAAUGCCGUCGAACCAGAGCGAGGCCAAGUGCGUCAUAAAUUUGAACACGUUGCCUGACGAUGUCUUGUUGGCCAUUUUACGUUUCUGUGAUACAAAAAGCCUGUCGGUGUUGUCUCGUGUGAGCAGGAAUCUGUGUCGUGUGGCGAAGGAUGAUUCCAUCUGGAGAAGAAUUGCUUUGCAGUGUGUUAAUGUUCAUUCCUCCGACAAAACGUAAGUUAAAAACAGAUUGAUAAGCCCCACACGGGUCCCCUCGGGGUACUUUGGUUGUAGCAGAGAACGUGGCUUGGGUCAUGUACCGCCGUAUUUCCUCGAAUUAACGCCCGGGCGCUUAUUUGAAAUUUUUGGCUAAAGGAGGGAAGGAGGGUGCUUAAUCGAGGGGGCUGUUUAUUGUUCCCUUGUUCUUAAUCUACUGUAGUUUAAGCUUCAAGAGUUAAAAAGAAAGUGGCAAUAGAAAUAGAGUUUUCCUUGUAUCCUUACUAUUUAACCCUUUAACUCCCAUGAGUGAUAGGUAGUAAUGCUAGGAAGCACAGAAUUUCUCCUUACAAUAUCAGUACAAUAUCAACUAGAUAAGUGAUGAGAAUAAGGAAAAAUAUAAACUUGGGGAUGAUUAGUUCAAUACUAAAUUCCCUGAACUAACACUGUAAGAAAUGUAUGAUUGACAAUAAGGAGAAUGACAAAUUUGAUCUGGGAGUUAAAGGGUCGAGAGAGUGAAAGAGGAGGGUGGUGGGGGGGGGCCUUAUUCAAGAGGGGUGCUUAUUUGACAUUAUGGCCUAGGGAAGAGACACUUAUUAAAUCAUAGGGUAAUUUAAAUUUGUCAAGAUUUUGGACAUUUUAGGUCUUGAUACUCCAGUCAUAUUGUGAGAAGUAAAGUAUUUGUAGUAGAUCUUCUAAUGCAUUGGAUAUCCCUUUAACUCCCAGAAGUAAUCAAUAUGAAACUUCUCCUAGUGAUAUCCUUACAUUAUCCAGCAAACAGCUAAAGAGAUUAUUCAAACUUAUCAGGUAGAAGUUGUUGUCCUGAUUUUAACAACAACUUCUUAUAACUAAUUUAAAAGGAUAUGUCUAGCAGCUAGAUGAGAGAAUUACCAAUCAGAUCUUGGGAGUUAAAAAAGGAUGUGAGUAAUUAUUAAAGAUGCUUGAUUUGCAUAAUAAAAUAAACCCUCUCUUGUACAGUGAAUAAACUGCAUGGGAACUACUAAGAUCAAUUUUUGCUGGGUACGUGCUUCUGACCUCUCAGAACUCCUACCCCUAUUACAGUCUACUCUGUGGCCAAUUAUAUACCCUAUCUUUGUCACAUUUGGGUAAAUGUAAUUUUGUCAUGACCCUAAAGUUAAUAAAUUUUUAAUUAGAAAUCUUACUUACUCAAAUUUUCUUAGCUCAAAAAUCCCCAAAAAUGUGUGACCCAUUCCAGUAACUCAAUUGAAAAUGCAAACCCAGUCAUAACACAUCCCCAUUAGUGUAUUUCUAGAAGGUACCUCCCCCCCCUGAGAAUAAAAAUACAGCUCAAGUUAUAUGGAAGGAGUCACCCCAUACCUUAAAUUUUAAGGGCUGCCCAAUUUCUAAAAAAUUGUGGGAAUAUAAUUUGCAAGAUAUGAAAUUUUUCUUAAUGCUGAUCAACAUAAACAUAACCUGGAGGUAUUUUGGAAUACAUCCUCAUUUGAUCAGGGCUAUGGGGAGUGUUUUCAGUAAUGGUAGUAUAACUUCCAAAUGCAUUUAUUUAGAAAUUAUUUGCCAGAAAGUGUAUUUUAGGUGUUAUAUAGCCAUUGAAUUUAGCUACGGAAGUGGCCACUGUUUAUUACAGUGACUUCAAUCAUCAUCUUGUUUCCUGAGUGUUUUAAUAAUAACCACAACUUGAAUUAUGUAUCAGGGGCCUUCUAAGCUGGAAAGAGCUUUGUAGAGUCUCGUGGAACUGGACACAUGGAUAUUGUAAAGACAGAUUUAUAAUCAGGUUUAAAUGCAAGUAAGUUCAUACCCUUUUUGUCAAAAUUUUUGAAGAAACUGUGGUGCUGCAUUGAUGAGGAUCAUUACAAGAUAAUUUGGUUUUGUCAACUGAGUUUUAAAUUGUUUACUGUACCAGCUUUAGAAACUCUUUAUGUGCUGGCCAAUUUACUUUAUCAACUCAGUCAAUAAAACCAAAUUAUCUUGUCUGAGCAAAAGUCAAGGACUCUUCUGUACCAUAAAACCCUACUAAAUUUUAGCCCUAUCUUAUGCUCAUACAGGGUAAAUCAAAAUCAAAACUUGAUUUUUAUCCAGAAGUAAUGCUUCAUGUCUAUCAAGCAACUUACUUCACGUAAUGUUCUCUUUAACCCUUUGCACUUCGACAUGGGUAUCUAUAUUCUUAAUACUGUUCAUAAAACAUCAUUCUAUUUACAUGUAUAUGGAGCUGACAUGGAGAAUUUGUUUUCCUAUCAAGAGAAUCUCUAAUUGGCGAUCUGUUUCUCUACUCUCAUGACCUUCAUUGUUUGAUUCAGCAGUAAAACUGUAAGGAGAAAUUAGAUGGCAAUCUCUCUUAAGGUGAAAGUGUUAAGUGGGUGAAUCGUUUAAAAUUUUUGAUCAGUUCUAUAUCCAUUAAUUGGAUGGAUGCAUUUUGAAAUUAUCACCUGUAUGAUAAUUUUUUUCCUUGCAGCCAAUCAAAAUGAGCACUUAGAGAGCAGAGUUUCUUGUUUAAUUUUUGUACACAACUGGAUGUAAUUGUUGAAAAUUAAGCCUCUAUUAACUCAAACAUCAGUAUGCAUAUUCUCCAUGAAGUAACCUUGCAUUUCCAAGGGUACUGACAAGGAUUUUUUUUUUAACCAUCAAGAGCUUUAGUUGGUGAUCAUUUCCCCUUAUUCAUGUGGCCUUAAUGCUUGAUUCAGGGGAGAUGUUGAAAGAAGAAAUUAGAAGCUUGUCACUCUUGGGCAUCAAUGGGUUCACAAUGGACAUGAACAGUUUAAACGUAUCUAAAAUACUCUUUUGUCAUUUUUUAAGCCUUAUGCCGUGGAUUCAACUUGGAAGACAUCGUGAACUCUUUGUUGCCCAAGCUGCUGAUGUUAUCUUGUAUCAGAUAAGAAAACACAAUAAGGGAGGACAUUUUUCAUGGAAACCUUUGAUGACCAUUGGUGGUCACCAGGGUGAUAUCAGUAAGUUUGUGAUAACUGGAGGGCAGUUGUUAACAUGUGGUAUGGACAAGUCAGUCCGCACAUGGAAUCUGGAAACAGGAAUAUGUAAUGGCCUAUACCUUGGGCAUACUGGACAAGUUCACAGUGUAGACUGUUUCAGAGAAGUAAUUGUUUCAGGAUCCAGAGACAAAACCAUCAAGGUUUGUAUGUUAAGUGUAGUUUCGAACUAGCACAGAUGAAACACUCUGGCUCGGCUGAAGCAUGUAAUUACCAGUAAUAUGCAUUGAUUAAAAAAAAUUCAAAUUCUAUUACAACUGUCAUGUUAUCUUUUAAUUAUAAAGAUGAUACCUUUUAACUCCUAUGAGUGACCAAGAAAGAAUUUCCUGUUACAAUAUCAGCACAACAUCAAGCAGACAAGUGGCAAGAAAAAAGAAAAUAUCAAUUGGGGGUUAUUAGUUGAUCCAAUUCCAAUAUUUCGUUGAUUCCCCUGAACUAACUUCAGAAUUGUAUAGCAGGCAGUAAGGAGCUGAAUUACUGAAUGAUGUGUUUUUGAGAGUGAAAGUGUUAACCCUUCAACUCCCAAGAUCUGAUUGGUAAUUCUCCCCUUUAACUACUACACAUUUCCUUGUAAAUUGAUUACAAGAAUUUGGUGUUUGAUCAGGAUAAUGUGUACCUGAUAAGUUUGAGUAUUCUUACUACCUGUUUGCUAGGUAAUGUAUGGAUACUCUAGGGAGAAGUUAAAUGUUAAUCACUUCUGGAAGUUAAAGGGUUAAAUUGUCUGGUAGUGAAGCUAGAACUGGCUAGGGCUCAAAAAUGUACAUGAUCUAAAAAUUUACCCACAUUUCUUGGUAUUAAAAAAUACAGUUGUUUAUUCUAAUUUUCCCUUUUCUUUCCCUACUCUUUUGGAUAGUGGAGAUUGACAUGGUUUAAUAUUCAUAAUCCAAUCCUCUAAGCCAUGUUUUGUAAAUUAUUAAAAAGAAGACUCUUUGACUCAUUUAGGUUUGGUGCCAGCAAACCCAAUCUUGUCUUCACACCAUUGACAUUCAGGAUAAUGUUUGGACAGUAUCCCUUAAUCCAAGCUCUAGGUAUUUUCAUUUUAUUAACAUUUUAACAGAGUUCCUUUUUUAAUGGAAAUAUAACAAAUUGAGAUUAAUAUGUAUUUAAUAAACUUAGACAAGAAAUUGAGUUGAAGCCUUGCUCACCAUAGAGGCUCUGUGGCUUAGUGGUAGAGCAUCAGAGCACAGAAUUCAAAGGUCUGAGGUUUGAUUCCUCAUGGGGACUCAGAAGUUUUUCUUUGUCCCAUGUUCAUGACAAGAUGAAAAAAACGUCUUUCUCUAUUUCUUUACCAAGCUCAAAACUUACCAUCUUUCUUAAUCUAUUUACAAAACACGACAACACUAUCAACGUUGCUGAUUCUACCAGUAUGCAGUAUGCAUGUCAUAUGUGAAUUUUGUAAUGGGCCCUCAAUUUGCUUUAUCAGGUGUGUAGCGAGUGGAAGCAGUGGUCAUACCAGAGACAGUGCUCCUUUGCAGUUGUGGGAUAUCAACAGGUGAGCUGACUCUUACCAUGAUUACAGUAUUUUGACUGAAAUUUUUAAGCUAAGUGUGUCUUGAAUUCCUUAUCCUAAAGCCCUCUUAGGAAUUGCUUUAUUCAACCCUCUAACUCCCAAGAUUCAAUUGUCAACUCUCCCCUCUAGUUGCUACACAUUUCCUUACAGAUUAUUUGAUCAAGAUAAGAACCCUUAUCUGACAAGUCUGAGUAUUUCCAUUACCUGUUUAUUGAAUAAUGCAAGGAUAUUACAGGAAGAAGUUACAUGUUAAUCACCUUUGGGAGUUAAAGGGUUAAGAAAUCUGUAGAAUCUUGGAGAUUUUAUUUACAUCAGAAUUGCCAAUUUUACACCCAAGCCUCACUUCUAAGGUAUAGUCUUGUGAAUUUUAAUUUUAACAAUUCCAAAAAUAUGACAAAGAAAAAUGUAGUGUAAACAAGUAAAAGGUUAAAUUUUCUGCUAGUGAGUAUAUAUGCAAUCAUGCCUAAGGGCAAUGUUUCAGACAAAAGCAAAAUGUAAUUAUUUUAAUUUGCUCUUUUAGUAUGACUGAGGGUGGUCUGUUUUAUGAUGUGUUGACAUAAAUACUUAAACAUUUCUGCAGUGGAAGGCACAUUAUGAACCUGUUGACAGGAUCAGCCCAAGCAGGAGCAGGGGUGCGUGGGAUCAAGUGGGAAACUCCCUUUACACUUCUGUCCUGUGGAUACGAUACAACUGUUAGACUGUGGGAUACCAGACUUCAUAACCACAGGUUGAUACUUGUCAUUCUUUUCAUGCCUUAAUUUUCUGACAUUUUGAAAUAUAGGUCCAUCCUGGCUUCCUUUUUAAGCCUGUGGGCUUUCAUCUUUUGCAGCUCUUGUGAUGCCCUUUACCCUUAUGUGCUCCUUACCCCCCCUAUUUAAGGCUUCCUAAGGUGCUACAGUAUUCCUUUCGAUUUCCUGUAAUAUUCAAUCAGUGGGAGGCCCAUACUUUUAAGGGUUGCCUCCUUGUAGUUUUGCCAUUUCUACUUGUCCAAUUGCAGCUUUUGCUGUAUCAGAGGCAUUUGAUAUGUUGACAGGUCUGACACACAACUCCUAUGCAUGGUUUCCUUUGCCCAACUACUGUAGCUCAUUGCUUUAGUUUCUUUAUCUUAAAAUUUUCUGUGACAUCAGUGUCUUUCCUUGUUGACUUAUCUUUUUUUUUAAUUUUCUUUAAUGGUGCAAUGCUGAGUUAAAUGCAAAAAAACACUGUGAGAAACUACUUCUGCAAACAGGAAAGAGUCCAUUAUCAGAUGGCACAUAUCAUGGUGUCCUAGAGAAUUAAUAGCCUUGCAUGAGCCAUUUCUGAUUGACUGGUCAUUGUCCCGAUAUUUCUGCUGUUUCAUUAGUGCUUCAUCAUGUGUACGGAAGUGGGAAGACCCUCAUGAUUCAGUGGUUUACUGUAUUGAUUCUGAUAACAAGUGGAUGGUGAUCAGUGGAACCAACCGUUAUGGAGUGGUAAGCAAAAUUUGUAUCACUUUGUGGGUAAAUGGUUUUUGGGGCUAAAUAUAUGAAUGAAUCUUGACCAACUUUUAUUAGUAUUUUUUACUUGUGACUUCUUCCAAUACUAUUUUCCUGAAGUUUAACAGUUGAUCAUUAAUGACAGUCUGCAGUUACUUGAGGUUAAGAUUUAUUAACCUCAACCCUUUUACUCCCAUGAGUCACAAGAGAGAAUUUCUCCUUACAAUACCAAUUCAACACCAAACAGAUAGAGAUUUAUCUGGUGGAUAGCGUUAUCCAACCCUCAAACAACUGGGGCCUGAAGUUUAUUUAGAACUAAUAAAAGUGUAAAAGGCAAGGUAGAACAUAAUAUACCGGUAUUUGCGCAAUGAAAAUGUGCAAGUUUUCCCCUGGUGUUUAAUUGUUCAGUUCAUUUUAGAUACCAUUUUUCAUAAUCUUUCCAAACAAAUAACAACAAUAGCAAAGGAAACAAGCUAACAAACAAAAAACAAAGACAAAAAAGAAACUUAAGAUGAAAAUCAAAUAGGGUGAGGAAUUAGUUUUCUAGAGAAAGAGAAUUUAAAGCAUAGCAUAAUUAUGUAAUGAUAACCUCUCAUUUGUGUGAGGAAAAUUUUACCAAAUCUUUUUCUUGUGGUAAAUAUAGGUCAGAAUUUGGGACAAAAGGUUCAGAAAGUGUCUUCAGGUAUAAGUGCAUGUUUUUUACUGGUAAAUGUUAUCAUCUCAUGUUCAAACACUGUCCCGUUGUGUAGAAACCCAGACUUUGAAAUACCUCGUUUUUGGACUGGGGUCUUUGUAUCAGCAAAAAACAUACCACUGUUUUCCUAACCCUUAGAGGACUAAUUUUUGGGCUGUGAUCUGUCAGGUGGAGUUGACUUGAACAAUUCUCAGUGGUUUUUUGACUAAGAAUGUCUUAAUUGUUAAAGGCUUCUUGAAAAGGUGGAAAAAUUGCCGAUAUUUUAAGUAAUGGUGGUUGUUCUGCAGAACUGUGGUACAAGAGGCUGGGGUUGACACCCUGUCCUAGGUGAUUUUUUUGAGUGUGUAGUAAAGCAGUGCCUGUUUCUACCACGAAGUAGGAAAGUGUAGUUGCCAAUUGUUGGAAAAUUCUACGCAGUGCAUAGGAAUUUCUUGGAUGAUUAACUGUGAUCGUGGUAACUUCUUUGUUGCUUAAAAUAGAGUUAGUACAAGUGAUUCUAGGGUGUUGGACUUUCUUUCGAGAUUCUUUGUAAUACCCAUGCUUUUCAGUAAAUUAUCAUACUUGAUGGUGAAUUUAGCUCUGAGACAAUGCGUUUUAUUUUUACAGAUGUACUAUGCAGGCAGAAACUCAUCCAGUCCAGUGUACUCACUGUCAUUCAAUAGAACAUCACUUUAUGUUGCUUUAGCAAGUGGUGUUCGUAUGUUGGAUUUCACUGUAUGAGUGAGUUACUUGUAAUUUAAAGGGUAAUUGUGCGUUUGGUUGAUUGUACAUUUGGUUGAUUGUACAUAGUGAAUUCUGCGUGCGUUCCGAUUGGCUUAUGCCCACGAUCUAUUGGAGGAAGUAUUUUGAGAUGUAGUUGUUACGGGGGCUGUUUUCUCUCUUCCGUGUUGCUUGUAUCUGUAAAGUAAUAACGCUUGUAGAUGGUAGCAGUUGUCUUUGGUUCAUGAGCUAGUUUUUCUAGUUGCCAGUUACUGUCUCUGUUACUAAGCAGAUCCAAGGUAACACAGAAUAUGUUUGAAACAGAUGUGUCAUUGGAUGUGCCACUGUACAUGUGUGGUCGUUUGAGAGCCCAUGUGGUGGUUACCUGUAGUGCCACUGGUCACAUGUAGCUAAAAUGUACCCAAUCCAUGCAGACUUUGUCCAAAUUUGGUUAUCAUUAGUAUCUCAACCCUCUAUAAACAAGUCAGUUGAGAGUAGGAGGUCAUAAGAUUUAGAAAGAGAAACCCACUUGGUACACUGUAAAAGCGUAUGACACCUUUCCAAACAGAACUAUUAUUAAAAUACACCUCGGCUGAAAGCCGGUAAUUAACUUAUUCUUUUAUCUAGCCUUGAUGAGACUGUGAGUUGCCUGUC